AUGAAUCUUUCAGUGGUCCACGACGUAGUGCUGAAAAGAAAACAUUCUGCUGCUCAGUCUGUAAGAAAGCUUUUUCACAUAGUGGAAAUGUAAAGAAACACAUGAGAAUCCACACAGGAGAGAAACCAUUCAGCUGCUCAGUCUGUAAUAAAGCUUUUCCACAAAGUGGACAUUUAAAGUCACACAUGAGAAUCCACACAGGUGAGAAACCAUUCACCUGUACAGUCUGUAAGAAAGCUUUUUCACAUAGUGGAAGUUUAAAGGACCACAUGAUAAUCCACACAGGAGAGAAACUAUUCAGCUGCUUAGUCUGUAAGAAAUCUUUUUCACGGAGUGCAAGUUUAAAGUCACACAUGAUAAUCCACACAGGAGAGAAACUAUUCAGCUGCUCAGUCUGUAAGAAAUCUUUUUCACGGAGUGGAAAUUUAAAGUCACACAUGAGAGUCCACAAAGGAGAGAAACCAGUCAGCUGCUCAGUCUGUAAGAAAGCUUUUCCACAUAGUGGACAUUUAAAGAUACACAUGAGAGUCCACACAGGAGAGGAACAAUUCAACUGCUCAGUCUGUAAGAAAGCUUUUCCACAUAGUGGACAUUUAAAGAUACACAUGAGAGUCCACACAGGAGAGAAACCAUUCAGUUGCUCACUCUGUAAGAAAGCUUUUUCACAGAGUGGAAGUUUAAAGGACCACAUGAUGAUCCACACAGGAGAGAAACCACACAGCUGCUCAGUCUGUAAGAAAGCUUUUUCACGGAGUGGAAGUUUAAAGGACCACAUGAUAAUCCACACAGGAGAGAAACCACACAGCUGCUCAAUCUGUAAGAAAGCUUUUUCACAGAGAGGACAUUUAAAGUCACACAUGAGAAUCCACACAGGAGAGGAAAAAUAGAUCUGCAAAGUUUGUGACAAAAUAUUUAAAUGGCGUAAUCGUUUAAGAAGACCAAGUGUGUUAAGGGAAUACAUUUAUCUAUUUUGUAUCCUGAUGCCGUUACAUGUCAUACGUUACUCCCUAAGCCUGUUUUCACCCACCUGCAACCGAUUCACUAAUAAUCACAAAUGUUAAUUUCUACGACCCCUUGACUCGACUAUUUCUUGUUUAAUAUUUGUUACAUCUACCCAGGACUAAGUUCCCAUGUCCUGCCUUUCACCUACUGAUCACCCACUGCUCAUUUAAGGUGGACUCACCUUUAUAAGGGACCAGCUAGUCUUAGUGUCUUAUGGCACAUUUCCACUGCAGCGGGGUAGCCCUGUUUAAGCGUCCCUAAGCGUCCUCGCUCAGGCCUCGGGCUGCCUCACUGGCCGUCCGAGGCCGUGGCGCAUUUCCAUUACAGUUUAGGACCUGGGGUAGCAACGCAGUGUAGGCGGGGCGAUCGUUUUUUUGGCGGGCUUUUUGUGCGGAGAGACGCUGGGUAAAAUUGCAGUGGCGUCAUCUUCAAUGCGACACAACUCACAAAACAAUGGAGGAUGUGGAAGCGAUCGUUUACUUGUUUCUUGGUGUGUGGCUUGUUAUCACAGCAAGAAGGAAAGUGAUCACAGCAAGCAGGAAAGUGAUGUUUCAAAGUAGGCUGCGUAUAGCAAGACGAGAUGCAGAUCUUGUGACGAUUCUCUCUGAUCAAUCGGCAGCCGAGAGUGUUGACGUCACUAGUUCAGCCCUGGCCUGAUAGAACCACGAUUUUAUGGGGCCGGAACAAGAGGGGAAAAGUACCCGCUAGUCGGUGCUACGCUAUAUGGAAAGGCCACCAAAUGCUGGCCUGGCCACUUGAGGACGAUUAAGGACGCUUAAACGGGUUUAUGGAAAUGGCAAUGCGCCAUUAAUGCAAACGUUUUGUAAAGUAAUGCUAGACCAACAACGUGCUAUUGGGCUGUGUGCUCUCUGCAGGACGGUGUCUGUACACAAAGAUUGUUAAUGAAAUGAGAGCUUCAUUCUGUUUUUGUUGUCUAAACAACGCCAACAGAGCGACACGUCUUCUUUCCAGCAGAUGGCAUAAAUGUUACAUCAUGCAGUUCAACUGUCAUCCACAUAUUAGAGAUUCAAAACAGCAAUGUGUGAGAUAAGGCUAGUAAUUGACUAUUUCAACAGAAUGUGAAGAGGUUACAGUCUUGAGGUCAUGUCCAAUAUGUUUGUGUUUUGUUUGAUUAAAUCGACUGAAAUUUGUAUUCAAUGACUCAAUUAUUCUUAAUUACUGUCAUUACAUCAUGGGUUUGCAUUGCAAUAUUAGAACGCAUUAAAAUCCAACUUUAUUU